AUGGCUCCGAAAAGAGGAAAGGGUAAAGCACCUGCGAGGCUCCCUGAUAACAGAGGCGGAAGACGAACUACCCGAUCUCGUGUUGCAGCAACCGAUGACGUUCCGGAUGUCUACCAAGAUAUGCUCAGAGAAGCGGACGGCGACGGUCAUGAGGGGUCUGAUCGACCGCUGAAGAGACGAAAAGUCGUCUCUCGGUCCGAAGCCGAACCAUUAGAGCCAUCCCAGGCUUCAAGGCGGAACGCACGCGCAGAACAGAUUGAACAACCCACAUCCUCCCCUAAACCGGGCCACUCAAACCUACAGACGGUAGAGGAGUCAUCAGAGGACGAUGCGAGCGAUCUCGAGUUCGAAGAUGUGGAUCUUGAAGGCCCCUCCGAAGGCUUACCCGAUCCAGUCGACGAUAUUGGAGACGUGGCCAUAUCCGUGCAGCCUGAAAGCAGCACCAAGCCAGCGACUCCGGCGAGAAGGAAGCCGGCAACGUUCGCCGAGAAGGCGCAUCGGCUAGUAGUGCACAAGCUGCACGUGCUUUGCCUCCUGGGUCAUUGUAUGUAUGUCAAUGGGAGAUGCAACAAUGCGACUGUCCAGCGCCACGUUCGAUCUUUGCUAUCCUCAAAGACCGUGUCCUAUCUGACCCCGAAGACUACCAUGAGCCAGUUCGACCGCAACAGAUCUUUCAUGGAUGGCUUGCAGCAAGCAGUCGAGAUUUUCGUGCCAGAAUAUCGAGUGACCGGUGGCGGUAUGACGAAAGCGCAGUGGGAUGUGGAUGGCGAGUUAAAUCGCAAGUACGAUCAUCUUCCGCCGAUGGAUAGAUCGAACUUCAUCGAAGCCGCAAAGGACCUUCAAGGGUCGCAAGAUGUUGCAAAUCAGCUGUUCUGCGCUUUGCUUCGAUCAGCCGGCGUUGAGACUCGACUUGUAUGUUCGCUUCAGGUUUUGCCUUUUACCAGCGUACCCAAAGCACCAACCCCGAAGAAGCCCGCAAAGGAGGUCAUUCUCGCAAUGGCUCCAGAAACACCCAGGCGCGGUGCCCAUGCCGAAGACUCUGCCGUCAAAGGCUCUGCGAGCAUCGGCAAAGUUCCUUCAGCACGCAGGAGACUCGGACAGCCAAGUUUUGCAGCCGAGACGAAAGCCGCCACACCUACUAAGAAGAAGCUCCGUCCUGUACCAAGACUCUCUCAUCCCGUCUUCUGGGUUGAAGCAUUUAACGCAGCGCAGCAGAAGUGGAUCGCUGUAGAUCCGAUUGUCACACGCACAGUCAACAAACCUGCAAAGUUGGAGCCUUCCCUUUCCUACGAGCUGAAUCAGAUGACCUAUGUAAUAGGAUUUGAGAACGAUGGGGCGGCCAGAGACGUUACCAAGCGCUAUGCGAAAGCUUACAACGCUAAGACUCGUAGGCACAGAGUUGAGACUUCUUCGGAGGGCACAAAAUGGUUCAAGAAGGUCAUGCGGAUCUUCCGCCGCCGGGAAGGCACAUUGGCCCGAGAUCAAGUCGAAGAUGCAGAGCUUGCGCAGAAAGAAGCGAGGGAGGGCAUGCCUGCGAAUGUGUUGGACUUCAAAGACCAUCCAUACUACGCGCUUGAGCGGCACCUAAAGAGGCAUGAGGUGCUACAUCCGAAGCGCGAAGUAGGCAAAGUCAACGCAGGAACAGCUGCCAAAUCUAGGAUGGAACCGGUGUAUCGCAGGCAGGAUGUACUUAACUGCAAGAGUGCCGAUAAAUGGUAUCGGCUCGGCAGGGAGAUCAAAGAAGGCGAACAGCCUCUCAAACGAGUGCCAGCGAGGACAAGACGGCCGCGUUCGCCUGAUCAGGACGAUGCCGCCGAUUUGUCCAACGAGACUGCGCUCUAUGCUCCAUACCAAACACAAUUAUACAUCCCUCCGCCUGUCCAACGCGGCAGAAUACCCAAGAAUGGCUUUGGAAACCUGGACAUCUACGUUCCUUCCAUGGUACCAUCUGGCGGUGUUCAUAUACGCCAUCAAUUUGCCCAGCAGGCUGCGAAGCUGCUAAGGAUCGACUACGCAGAUGCCGUCACGGGUUUUAAGUUCCAAGGGCGACAUGGAACAGCUGUUAUUGAAGGUGUAGUUGUCGCUGAACAGUAUGAUGACGCUAUCAGAGCUGUUAUUGAAGGCUUCGAAGAACAGGUUAUUAAAGAUGAGUGCAAGGUUCGAAGCAUAGAGGCCUUGAAACUGUGGAAGAGGUUUCUGACCGGCUUGAGGAUCCAAGAGAGGGUCAGCACCUACGGCAACGGCUUGGAUAGUGCUCAAGAAGAAGGGGACGAUCUACAAGAUACAGACACGGCCAUCUCAUCGACAUUCGCGGUCGAUGACAAGCCUUUGGUUACUGCGGGGCAAUACACGCUUAGAGAACUACAAGCGCCAACGCGCAAGCCAAAGCCCAAGAAACGUCAGAUCGAGGAAGACAGCGAAGAAGACUGGGACGCGCAGGAUGAAGAGCCUCUCUACGCCGCGGACGAAGGGACGGAAGAUCCCGGUCUUGCUGGUGGCUUUCUGCCAACUGAUGCUGUGGCCAAUCCAGUGGAACAUGGUCAUUCAGGUGGCUUCAUCGUGGAUAACGAAGAGGAUGGCGGUGGUUUCCUUGCUGAAGAUGCCGACGAUGAGGGCGGAGGCGGCUUUUUUGCAGACAGGGGUGAAAAAGGAGGUGGCUUCAUUACCCCGGAAGGAAACCCACUGGAGGACCUGCACCAUCACGAUCAUGAUGAAGGGGGCGGUGGUUUCGUACCAGAUGAGGCCGUUGAAGAGGUCUACCCCGACGACAGAAGGAUCCGCUCGGACGGCAGAGGAUCCGAUCUCAGAGAAGAAAUUGGCACCAGAUUGCCAGAAGAAGAAAGCACUGCACAGCUCAGUCCUGGAUCUAUCACAUCUGCUGAAGACACGCAGGCUGCUGAUGCCGAAAUAUUUGGUGCAGACCAAGAAGCUUCGGAUAAUGAUUCUAUGCCUUCUCACGACCCAGAAGACGACGAUGCGGAACCUGACUGGUUGGAGAGCGAUUAG